UCAGUUCUCAAGUCCCCUGAUCACCACAUCCGAUCUCUGUCUUGUCUGCGGUCUCUCGCCUUCAUUGUCCGACUUGCCAGACUUGUCCGACUCCCGCAGCCAUGGCCUCCUCAUCAUCCAAUGUCGUCGGUGUUCACUAUCGUGUAGGGAAGAAGAUCGGCGAAGGAUCGUUCGGUGUGAUCUUCGAGGGAACAAAUCUCCUGAAUAACCAACAGGUGGCGAUAAAAUUUGAACCCCGCAAGAGUGAUGCCCCGCAACUUCGUGAUGAAUAUCGGACCUACAAGAUCCUUGUCGGGUGUCCUGGCAUUCCCAAUGUCUAUUACUUUGGUCAGGAGGGCCUCCACAAUAUCUUGGUCAUCGACCUGCUUGGCCCCAGUCUGGAGGAUUUGUUUGAUCACUGCAACCGGCGGUUCUCAAUCAAGACUGUUGUCAUGGUCGCCAAACAGAUGCUGUCUCGAGUCCAAACUAUCCACGAGAAGAACUUGAUCUAUCGCGAUAUCAAGCCUGACAACUUCCUCAUCGGUCGCCCCAGUACCAAAGCCGCUAAUGUAAUCCACGUUGUCGAUUUCGGAAUGGCCAAGCAAUACAGAGAUCCCAAGACCAAGCAGCAUAUCCCUUAUCGCGAGCGGAAAUCGCUGUCCGGCACAGCCCGCUACAUGAGCAUCAACACCCACCUGGGACGGGAACAAUCGCGCCGUGAUGAUCUCGAGGCGCUCGGCCAUGUUUUCUUGUAUUUCCUGAGAGGUGGACUCCCCUGGCAGGGUCUCAAGGCUGCCACCAACAAGCAAAAGUACGAGAAGAUUGGCGAAAAGAAGCAGACUACUGCGAUUAAGGAUUUGUGCGAUGGUUUCCCAGAAGAGUUCACGAAAUACCUGACCUAUGUCCGCAAUCUCGGAUUCGAAGAUACUCCCGACUACGACUACCUCCGGGACCUGAUGACUCAGGCCCUCAAGAAUACUGGCGAUGUCGAAGAUGGAGAAUAUGACUGGAUGAAGCUCAACAAUGGUAGAGGCUGGGAGUACAAAUCGUACUCAUCCCAGCAGCAUCUCCAUAACAACACCCUUCCAAACUCAUCCGCGCGGGAGCUUCACGCUCAACAGCUCCGGAGUAGCCGACCAGGAGUGACUGCUGAUCGUUUAAAUGCGGCGCAGCCUCCGCCUCCAUCUCCGGCAAAACCUGGAGCUGGAAAGACGCGCGAUCGGCCAAGCGUGUCUGGAGGAAUGGCCCCGAAGCGUCAGAGCGGAGCCCUUGAUGCCACGCCAGCGGCUUCGACUCAAGCGCAGUUCCAGAACUCGAAUGCCAACAUUUCCGGACAGAUGGGUAGCCCUGCAAACCCGGCCAAGACCAGCCAGCAAGGCCCCGGUGGUCCGGCGAACAAUGAGCCGCAGCCUACAUUCGUGCAGAAGAUGAUGAAGGCGCUCUGCUGCGGUAGGUGACGAUCCUCGUCUCUCCGUUUGUCGCGGUUCCUAUGCUUAUUCCCGGUCGCCCUCCAGGUUGAGUUAAAAAGCGGGACGCGAGCGAUUCUGUACUUCUACGAAAUAUCCUUGUCAUGUUGGCAUCUCGACUUUCUCUUUCGUUAUUCACCGUCUUCAACAUCCCAGGGAGGUAUGACAGGCAGCAUGCGACCAUCAU